AUGAAUAUUGCAGUGAACAAUGUGGAAGAAAAAGCUGUCCAUUCCUGGUCGAGAAUUUCCUCUGCAGGACAGAAGGUGCUGGAGGAAGCCCUCCGAGUCUUCAACCCCAUGUCCAAGGACCUUUCGGACACAGAGACCCAGCUGGUGGCCUUCAUUCAGAGCCUGAAGGAGGAGGGCUACCAGCCCACAAUUCUGAGGAGUAAGGAUGUGUAUGGGUACAGCUCGUGCACGGCAGACACGCCUAGUCAAACAAAAGAGAGCACCCCGCACAACUGCGCCAAUGCUGCUGAGUCCGCUAAGAGUCCGGCUAGAAACACCGCAGCCGUGGCAAAGGUGUCUGCUUCACCGACCAGCGUUUCGGUGAACUCUUCGAAAGUUUCCGCUCAGCCUGUCUCUAAAGGGGAUUCCACAAAUCUCCUCUUGAGCUCCUUGAAGCAGACAAGAUCCGGCAAGUCCAAGGCCACGGCAGUGGGCUUCCCUACAAGCCUGUAUCCUGACGUGUAUCCAGCCAUGAGACUGUCGGUAGUUCUGGAAGCUCUGGUGCCGCUGAAAACUACCGCGUCCUGUUUGGAGUCCAAGUACACACAGGGGCGUCUUGGGAUCUCACCCUCGGACCUUAAACUCCUCAAGGCUUCAAGUCCGCCGAGGCAGUUUUCUUCAGGCAAGACCGCUAAAAUAUCAGAAGGUAAGGGGUACAAGCGUUUGAUAAAGAAAGCACCAGAUUCUGCCACCCUUGCUUUAAAUCUUCUGAAGGGACCAAAGGGUGGAGUGCUGCAGGAGAGCAAUGCUUGCAAAGCCUCGGGAGUCCUCAAUGGGAGAGUCACAGGCAACUCGUCCCAGGGCUGCACCACAGCACCGCAGUCCAAGACCUUGAAAAUCAAAGAUAAGGAAGCUCUGGUGGGGAAAACAGAGUGGAAGGCCAGCAGCACUUACCGGGAGAGUGGUGUGCAGAAGAAGAGAAGAGCUACGGAGGCAAGAGAAGCACCACAGAGGAAGAAAGCAAAUACCAUUGCUGUCCGAAAUAAAUCUCAACAGGCUCAGAGCACUUUGAACUUGCUGAAAUUCCGGGCCAUCAAGGUGGGCAACUCUUCCUCUGAUGAUGAAGUGAGGAGGAGAGCACAGAAGAUUCUUAGGGUCAACCUGUCCCCCGUGAUCCGAAUUCGACCCUUGUCCCACUCUCACAGCGUCCCCUGA